GUUUACUUCAAAGAAGAUGACAAAAAAGUAUGAAGGAUGUGCAGUAGGAAUCGACCUUGGAACAACAUAUUCUUGUGUUGCUGUGUGGCUUGAUGAACACAAUAGGGUUGAGAUUAUUCACAAUGAACAAGGAAACAAGACCACACCUUCUUUUGUUGCUUUCACUGAUGAUCAGAGGUUGAUUGGUGAUGCUGCAAAGAAUCAGACUGCCUCCAAUGCAGAAAACACAGUCUUUGAUGCCAAGAGAUUAAUUGGCAGGAAGUUUAGUGAUUCUGUUGUUAAAAAAGAUAUGAUGUUAUGGCCAUUCAAAGUAAUUGGCGAUGUGAAUGACAAACCCGUGAUUGUUGUUAAGUACAAAGGUCAGGAGAAGCAUGUGUGUGCUGAGGAAAUUUCAUCAAUGAUCCUCACAAAAAUGCGAGAGACUGCAGAAAAAUUUCUAGAGUUUCCAGUAAAGAAUGUAGUUGUUACAGUGCCUGCUUAUUUCUGUGAUGCUCAGAGAAAAGCCACAAUAGAUGCUGGUGCCAUUGCUGGUCUUAAUGUUAUAAGGAUCAUCAAUGAACCAACUGCGGCUGCUCUUGCAUAUGGACUUGAUAAGAGAACUAACUAUGUUGGAGAAAGGAAUAUUUUUGUUUUUGACUUUGGUGGUGGCACUUUUGAUGUGUCGAUCUUAACAAUCAAGGAUAAGGUCUUCCAAGUUAAGGCCACUGGCGGAAACACUCACCUCGGAGGAGAGGACAUUGAUAACCGGAUGGUGAACUACUUUGUCGAUGAGUUCAAGAGGAAGAACAAACUGGAUAUUACUCGGAACUCUAGGUCUUUGAGGAGGUUGAGAACAGCUUGUGAAAAGGCAAAAAGGAUACUCUCUUUUUCUGUUGUCACCACAAUUGAGAUAGAUUCUUUAUUUCAAGGUAUUGACUUCUUUUCAUUGAUUACUCGUGCCAAAUUUGAGGAAAUCAAUAUGGACAUUUUUAACGAGUGCAUGGAGACCGUCAAGAGUUGUCUUACCGAUGCUAAGAUGAACAAGAGUACGGUAAAUGAUGUUGUUCUUGUUGGUGGGUCUUCUAGGAUUCCAAAAGUUCAGCAACUAUUGCAGGAAUUUUUCAACGGAAAGGAAUUAUGCGUGAGCAUCAAUCCUGAUGAGGCUGUUGCUUAUGGAGCAGCUGUACAAGCUGCUUUGAUGAGUGAAGGCUUUAAAAAUGUUCCGAACUUGGUGCUGCAUGAUGUUACACCAUUGUCUCUUGGUAAGUCAAACUUUGGAGAUAUCAUGGGCGUGAUGAUUCCUAGGAACUCUUGCAUUCCCAUCAAGAAGACACAAAGUUUUGUAACAUUUGCAGAUAACCAAUCUUCCGUCUUGAUUGAGGUUUAUGAGGGUGAAAGAACUCGAGCCAGUGAUAACAAUCUCCCAUUCCCCUUUGACUUGAAACUGUUGGAGUUGUUGAAACGUUAUGGAUCGCGAGUGAGAGUUGGAAAUGCGAAGAGAUGA